AAUAACCUAAAAUUUUAGUUCGUGUUCAGAAAAGUUUAUAUCCCUUUUUUUUUUUUAAUAUCGUAAUUAAGUUAUUGCACAACCCAUGUUCAUGUCUAAUAUAAAGAUCAAUAAUGGCACUAAAAAUAGCAAAAAGUUUUAUGCGGCGCAAUGAUUUGGUAAAAUUAUUUUAUCAAGAUGGUAAACAGCUUCUGCAAAGUAAAACUUACGUAUUAACCGUGAGUACCAAUCGGAGUACCUUUUUUGGCACAUAUGCUCGAAAACAAAACAAUUUAAAAUUUGGAAAACAAAUUCUUUGCAAUCGUUUUUAUUCCGUAAAAACUGCAGAAGAAAGCGACGCCGAAUACUAUAAAGAACAUAACAUUACGAUUGUUGGAGAAGACAUACCUAGCCCUUUUAAGGACAUAGAUAACAGCUACUUUCCCGAGUACAUAAAACAGUUUUUGGAUGCACAAGGUUUUACGAAACCAACAGUUAUACAGGCUCAAGGUUGGCCUAUUGCUAUAUCUGGUAAAAAUUUUGUUGGAAUUGCACAGACUGGGACUGGUAAAACUCUAGCGUACCUACUGCCUGCAGUUAUUCAGCUAAAAGAGAAGGAAGGACGGAAAGGGAGAGGUCCUAGGGUGUUAAUCCUUUCGCCUACGAGGGAGUUGGCGAGACAAAUCGAGGAAGUAGCAAAAGAAUUUCAAAAACUGUUUAAUUUAAGAUGUUUGUGUAUAUAUGGUGGUGUUAGUAGAAUUCCACAGAUGGAGGCAUUAAAAAAUGGAGUAGAUAUACUUAUAGCUACCCCUGGUAGGUUGAAUGAUUUCCUAGAUAGCAAAGUUACAAACCUUAGUCGCUGUGGAUAUGUUGUGUUGGAUGAAGCAGACAGAAUGUUAGACAUGGGCUUUGAACCUCAAAUAAGAAAGGCUUUAGAGGAUGUGCCACUUGAGAGACAAAUCUUGAUGUUCUCAGCUACAUGGCCUAAAGAAGUGCAAUACUUAGCUAAGGAUUAUCUUGGGGAGUUUGUGCAAGUUAAUGUUGGAUCAACAGAGUUGUCAGCAAAUCACAAUAUCAAGCAGCAUAUUCAUGUUUGUGAACAAGAAGAGAAAAUGGCUAAAUUUAAAUCAAUUAUGCAUGAAAUGUCAGGUGAAGGUUUUGGAAAAGUGCUAGUGUUUACAAAUACAAAGAGAUUUGUAGACAGUUUGACACUAACACUAAAAAGAAAUGGUUGGCCAGCUGUGGGCAUACAUGGUGACAAGUCACAACAACAACGAGACGUCACAAUCAAUAAAUUUAGGAGUGGCAGUACAAACGUCCUUGUUGCUACUGAUGUUGCUGCCAGAGGUUUAGAUGUUGAUGGUGUCACACAUGUUAUUAACUACGAUUUUCCGAAUACAUCAGAAGACUACAUUCAUAGAAUUGGAAGGACUGGUCGCCUGCAAAACAAAGGCGUUGCCCAUACAAUACUUACCACAGAAGACGCACGUCAAGCUAGAAGUUUGAUAGCUGUUCUGAAAGAAGCAAAUCAGGAAAUCCCUAAAGAAUUGGAAGACUUGGCAAGAGACUACAGAAGCAUGAAAAUAAGCGAUAAACAACCAAGAUACUCACCAAAAAAGCCCACUUGGGCCACCAAGAAAUGGAAUAAUUUCCGAAGUGAUAGGUAUAGCAGAUAUUAAGCACUGGCAGAUGUUUAGCCGAAAUUUUACCUUAAUCUUAUCUCGUUAAAUAAGUAUGUAUUGUGAUAGAAAUAAAUGUUUAGACUGGUAAAAAAUAAUUUUUA